AUGAAGACGCCGCUUUUCACACUCACUACGGAAGAGCUACUGUCGGUCGCGCCUGAAGUCCGCGCGAAAUACCGCGAGGCCAUCACCCCGAAGCGCAUCCCGACGGAGGCGGUGCGCUCAGUGAACUACGUCGCGUCGAACGAGGACGACGAGGAGGAGGACUACGCCGCGCAGGUGUCUUGUCGCGGGGAACCUCUACAACCGGGGGGAGUCAUUCUCCCGGACCCGUAUGAGGUGUAUCUACGUCGGCUCGCGCCAGGCAACGAUCCCCGCGAGCUACGAGUCGCUAAGGAGUCUCACGCGCUACGCUCGGUCGUCGGACUCGUCGACAACAAGGAGUGGGUAGAAGCGAUCAUAGACCCGGGCUCGCAGAUCGUCGCCAUGUCGGAGCACGUCUGUAACGCUCUCGCACUCCCCUACGACCCGACAAUCCAACUCUUCAUGCAGUCUGCGAACGGCGACGUCGACCGAUCGCUAGGCCUCGUUCGCAACGUACCCUUCUGCGUCGCCGACAUCGUCCUCUACCUCCAGGUCCACGUUAUACGCAACGCGGCGUACGACAUCCUGCUCGGGCGACCCUUCGACGUCCUGACUAAGAGCGUCGUCAAGAACUUCGAGAACGAGGACCAGACGUUGACUAUUGUGUGCCCCAACACGGGACAGACGGCGACCAUCCCGACUGUUCCGCGGGGCGCGGCUCGGUUUCGAGGGCCCGACGUUCCAAGGAUCCUUCGUCGAGGAAUUGAUUGA